AUGCAGAGAGGCACUGCCAUACCACCACCACCCAUGCUCAACAUGAUGACUGAUCUGAGCUGCGGGCCGUCGGAGGUGACAGAGCAGCAGGCGGCGCCGACGGGCUCCGGCGACAAGCAGGGGAGGGGCAAGAUCGAGAUCAAGCGCAUCGAGAACACGACGAACCGGCAGGUCACCUUCUGCAAGCGCCGCAACGGCCUCCUCAAGAAGGCGUACGAGCUCUCGGUGCUCUGCGACGCCGAGGUCGCGCUCAUCGUCUUCUCCAGCCGCGGCCGCCUCUACGAGUACGCCAACAACAGUGUGAAGUCCACCAUUGAGAGGUACAAGAAGGCCAACAGUGACACCUCCAACUCUGGCACAGUUGCAGAAGUCAGUGCCCAGCACUACCAGCAGGAGUCCGCCAAGCUGCGACAGACGAUCAGUAGCUUGCAAAACGCAAACAGGACCAUAGUGGGAGAUUCAAUCCACACCAUGAGCCUCAGGGAUCUUAAGCAGCUGGAGGGCAGGCUGGAGAAAGGCAUAAGCAAGAUUAGAGCUAGAAAGAAUGAGCUGUUAUAUGCUGAAGUUGACUAUAUGCAAAAAAGGGAGAUGGAUCUGCAGACUGACAACAUGUACCUGAGGAGCAAGAUUGCUGAGAAUAAUGAAACGGGGCAGCCGGCGAUGAACAUGAUGGGAGUGCCGUCGACAAGCGAAUACGAUCACAUGGUCCCUUUUGACUCGAGAAACUUUCUUCAAGUGAACAUCAUGCAGCAGCCUCAGCACUACUCCCAUCAGCUGCAACCAACAACCCUCCAACUCGGUUGGAGAUUAUAG